AUCUUUCAUUCCGAUCGGCAUAAUCUGGUGAUAUUUUCUCCAACAAUUCAACUUCUUCCUUCUUUAGAUAAGGUUUUUUCUUAGAUGGAAGGAAGAGAUUGGAAUGAACUGCCAGUUCACUGUUUAGUUGAAAUCUUGAAAAGAGUCGGAAUCGAAUCCCUUGUACAGACUGUUCCUUUAGUCUGUAAGUCUUGGUAUGAAGCUACGUUCUACCCUCAAUGUUGGCAAAAACUCAUAUUUACUAAAUCCCCUUGUUUACGAAAUUCCAAAUGUUUUGAUUAUAAAAUUGUGGCGUCACUAGAUCAUAUCAAUGAUGCCGAUGAUGUUCUAGAAGCUUUUCUUCAGUUUGCAAUCAGGCGUAGCCAUGGACUUGUUUCUCACAUUGUCUUUCAUCCUAAAUCACGUUUGAAACAAGGCCAAAUUGCAUGGAUCGCACAACGGUGUCCAUCUUUAAAGCUCUUGGUGCUACCAAGCUAUUUGAGCUAUGUGAUUAAUUUUGAAGUCUCGGACUCGAUCUGCAAGUGGAAAGACUUGGAAGCUUUACAGGUUGCAUCUUUAAUAGGCUUGAAGAAAACCAUUGCCAACAUUAGUAAAAACUGCCAAAACUUUAAGCAUUUAAGUGUUUAUGUUCCUCGAAUUGAUGGAGAUGUUGCAUUGGCCAUUGGGUCCCAACUCCCAAAAAUAAAGACAUUAGAUUUACAGUUCUCGAAAAUUGAAAGGAACGAUCUAGUUGUGAUCCUUAAAGGGUGCCAAAAACUUGAGCACCUCGACGUUAGAGAGUGUAAAGGUAUAGCAUAUGACGAUGAGAUACUAAACCUUGCACGUUCAAUUCGGGUGUUCAGACAUGAAGGUUUUUACUUUGGGGAGUAAUACAAUGAUUGUAAUGGUACUUUCAUUUCUUAUGCAUAUCGUUGUAUUUAGAUAAGCGCUCAACAUGAAAAAUAAACUUUUAAUUAUUGAUAAAUUAUCGUAUUAAAAUUUUAGGAAGAAUUUUAUAUAUGUCUUUUGUAAACAUCAAAAUAUCAUAUUUAUCCAACUUAAUUUCUAAA